AUGUUACAUUUUCUAAUCAAAUGCAGUGGCUACAUGUCUCCUGAGUAUGCAAUGGGAGGGCUAUUUUCAGAAAAUUGCCUUGAUUAUGUGGUUCUUAUAAUUUCAUAUAUUGACAUAAGUGGAACUAUUCAAGAUGGGCAAGAAGUAGCAGUGAAAAGACUUUUGAGUCAUUCAGGGCAAGGCUCGGAAGAGUUCAAGAAUGAGAUCAUAUUGAUCUCCAAACUACAGCACAGGAAUCUUGUUAGGCUCUUGGGUUGCUGCAUUCAAGGGGAAGAGAAGUUGCUGGUUUAUGAGUACCUGAAAAACAGAAGCUUGGACACUUUUCUCUUUGAUGCAAAGAAAAGGGUGGAACUUGAUUGGGCUAAACGCUUCAACAUAAUUCAGGGAAUUGCUAGAGGACUCCUUUAUCUCCAUCGUGAUUCUUGUUUAAGAGUUAUUCACAGAGAUUUGAAGGCCAGCAAUAUUCUCUUGGAUGAUGAUAUGAAUCCCAAAAUUUCAGACUUUGGGUUGGCACGAACUUUUCGAGUUACACAAGAGCUGGCAAAUACUCACAGGGUGAUGGGAACAUUUGGCUACAUGUCUCCUGAGUAUGCAAUGGGAGGGCUAUUUUCAGAAAAGUCUGAUGUAUUUAGUUUUGGUGUUUUGCUACUAGAAAUUGUUAGUGGCACAAGGAAUACUAGCUUACAUUACCAGGAUCAAUAUCUAAACCUCCUUGGUUAUGCAUGGCAAAUGUGGAACAAGAGAAGGGCAUUAGACUUAAUGGAUGAAUCAUUGGAUGACUCGCUUUCCCAAACAGAAGCUAUAAGAUGCAUACAUAUCGGACUUCUUUGUGUUCAGGACCAUGUUGCGAAUAGGCCAACCAUGUCAGCAGUAGUUCUCAUGCUAAGCAGUGAAAUAGAAGUUCCACAACCAAAGCAGCCUAUAUUUACUACUCAAAGUUUGUCAGAAGCUGAUCUUCGAUCACAAUGCAAUAGUAUACGUUUCAUGAGUACUGUCUCUAAAUCAAUUAUUGAAGGACAAUAACCAAAUUCAAAAUUAUACUUUGUGUGAGUUGGUACCAUGGUGACGAUUCACCUGGCUUGAUGACUAACAAGCAAAGAAUGCAGAUUGUGUGACAGAAACUGUUACACGUAAAGAGUUUCAUAUUCAUCAGAAUUGUGAAAGUGACUCUCUGGAGUAGCAUUGGAUAUUUUGCUCACAAACAGCUUGUUAGUUGACAUGUCCAUUCUCAUUAAGAUUUUAGGUAUUAUGAAAAUUACCUAAAUUCAAUGGUUGUGUUUAUUUUGAAAAUAUUUUAGACUGCCGUUUUAGUUUUUGUAUGAAAUGAAAAAUUUUAGUGCAUUUGGAAUAGUUUU